AUGACGGUUCAUGUGGGUACUUCUAGGUACUUUGCAGUGUUUGAGUUGAAUUUGCGCUUCACUGUUUCUCUGGAUGUAAACUGGUCUCAGGCCAUUUCAGCUGAGGGAACGGCGAACAAUGGCAAAGCUGAUAAGUCAAAAAUUGCCCCAGCCAAAGCUGCUCCAGCUAAAGCCAAGCAAACUUCAAAGCCAAAAGCCAAACCUACUGCUGCGCGAAUCUUGAGCCCAAAGUUAAAACCUACUUUAGCUUCUAAAUUAGCACCUAAACCAAAAGCAACACCGGCCCCAAAGAAUGACAACAAAAAGAAGGCAAACAACAAUGGAAAAAAUAACGGUCAAGCUAAAGUAAAUGGGAAUGGGAAAGACAAUAAUGGUGAUGCUAAAGCUAAUGGUAAGGCUAAGGCUGGCAGCAAUGGCAAAGCCAAUAACAAUGGCAAUGGGAAGGCAGCUGUGGAGAAAAAAGCAAACGGAGAAGCUAAAGCUAAUGGCAAUGGUGCGAAAACAGCAAAGACUGAAAAGGCAGCAAUAGCAAAGAAAUCAGAAACAACUAAGAAGAAAGCAGAGACCAAACCACAACCAGCCAAAGACAAAACAAAAGCCAAUGCAUCACCUGCAAAGCCUAAAGCGGCCAAACCUGUGGUAGAAAAGGUUCCGACCAAAGUCACUAAAACUCAAAAACCUGUUGCUUUCAAACCCACCCUGCCUUUGCCUCUCCCUUCAAAGCCUAAGGUCUUGGAUGUCAAUAACAUCAAAUCAAUGUCCAAAAAUUUCCCACCCUUCGACAAGGCUGCUGUGAGUGGCACGACCAUGUCUUCUCCAGAAAUACCCAAGAAGAAACCCACCAAUGGUUAUCAACAGGACGUAGAUCCUGCUUACUCAGAGGCUGACCACACCCCCACAGAGACUGAUUAUUAUUACACAGUAGAAGAAGAAGCGAGCCCACAGCCAGAGAGUGAUCUGACUGGAUAUGAAGAAACCAUUAACCAGGUAACCCACACCCAUAGAAAUCUGAGAGACAUGGAGCUGAAAACAGUCUCUCCAUUACUCUAAAUCAUUACACUGGAGGUGAGACCAGCCUGUGUAUGUUUUAACUUAACAAUUAACCAUUCUGCAGCCACCUGUGCCAUG